UAUUUAUUUAUUAUGUCUACUGUUACGACAUCAAUAGAGGAACAACAACAACAACAACAACAAGAAGAAGAACAUACCAACACUACUGUUGUUGUUGAUAAUAAUAGUACAUCAAAGAAAAGAAAGUCUAUUGAUGAUGAUGAUGGUGAGACAACAACUACAUCAACGACAUCAACUUCAUCAACAACAUCAACAACAUCAAAUAAUACUACUACUACUACUACAGAUGAUAACACAUCAAGAUUAUCAAAGAGACAAAGAAAGAGAAUGUUAAAGACAGAGAAUAGACGUGCUACAAACAGGGCAAAGAGGGACGCCAAGAACAAACAGGUCGAAGAAGAAGGCAAUAUAUCAAAGGAAACACUCGACGAGACUGUUUAUCGCAUUGAGAAUGGUCUGCGCAUUGUAGAGCCAUACUACUUCACCUUCAAGGUGUGGUCCAAAGAGCGAUGGUAUGGUCGCCAGCUGCUCGAGAUGUUCACACAGGAGUUCAGUCAACUGCCCGCAACGAUCUAUCGACGCAAGAUCAAGGCGGGCUGGAUCAAGGUCAAUGGACAGCAGGUGGGGGAGGACUAUCGACUGACAAACAAGGACGAGAUCGAACACAGGGUUCACCGACACGAGCCCCCUGUCAGCGGCGCCACCAUCAAGAUCGUGGCACAGGACGAUGAUGUGGUCGUCGUUGACAAGCCCAGCUCAAUACCCAUUCACCCGUGUGGACGAUUCAGACACAACACAUUGAUAUAUAUCCUGGCCAAGGAGUAUGGCUUCCAGCAUCUGUACGGUGUACAUCGUCUCGAUCGACUGACAUCUGGUCUGCUCAUUCUCGCGCGAUCACCUGCUGCCGCCAAACGCAAGUCCGAGGAGAUCUUAAAGGGCGACGUGCAAAAGAGCUAUGUGGCACUGGUCAAUGGCCGCUUCCCCGCCGACAAGGAGGUGGUGGUGGAUCAGCCACUCAAAGUGCAGAACCAUCGACUUGGCCUGAACAUGGUGGCGCCCGAUGGCAAGCCCUCCAAGACGAUCUUCAGCCUCCUAUCAUACAACGAACAAACAAACACCAGCGUGGUCAGCUGUCUGCCCAAGACGGGAAGGACACAUCAGAUCCGUCUGCAUCUCCAGUGGCUUGGCUUCCCCAUCGCCAAUGAUCCACUCUACAAUGCGUCAUUCAGUCAGAAUGCUGGAAAGAUAUUGACGAGCGAUGGAGUUGAGGGUCUUGGAGGCGGAGGCUUUGACGAUGAUGAUAAUGAUGAUAACGCAGACAACAACAACAACAACAACAAUGUCCAACAGCAUUUAUCAAACAAUGACAAGGGACUAAAUGAGGAGAUCGUAGACAUGGACACACCAAUCGAAUGCUUGGACUGUAAGAUUGACUGGGGCGAUCCUUCAACAUACACCUUUGGCAUCUAUCUACACGCCUACCAAUACUCUGGCAAGGGAUGGUCCUAUCAAACUGAUCUUCCAGCAUGGGCCAGCCAACAUACAACCGAUACUCCCGAUACCAAGAUGUCCACAGACACUACUACUACCAGCACCAGCAGUAGUAAUAGUUCGGAUAAUACAACAUCAAUGAAUGUU